GCGCCGCCGGCUCGGGAGGCGGGGCGGGGCGGGGCUGCGGGAAGGCGGGCCCGGCGUUCUCCUCUCAAGCUGCGGGUGCGCCGGCGGGGCCUAAAGGAACAUGCUUCAGGAAGGUGCACAUGGAAGAUGGACAGUAUCUAGCAGUGAUGAAAGUACUGAGGAGAAUUCUGACAGCGAAAAACCAUCUACAUCUUCACUAUUGGAUGCUGCACAAGGCAGAACUAGUGGGCCACAAUAUCCAUGCUCUGAAGCUAGGAAAGCUGCUCACAAGAGAAAAGCUUCUCCUCUGAAGUUCAGUGAUCAGGAAGUUUCUACAGAAAAACCUCCAGCAGAAAAACAGAGAACUAGCCAAGAAGGCUUAGGCUGGUGUCUUUCUAGUAGUGAUGAAGAGCCUGAAGAUCAGGAAAAGUAUGCCCACAAAGAAGCACUGAAAGAAGAAAAGUAUGACGUACCUGAAGAACAUCUGAAUCUCUGCAAAGAUGAUGAGCUCUCAGACAAUCAGAAAGCAGAGGAGUAUGAUGAAACACCCAGUGAAGCCCAAGAUACCUGGAAUUUCUUGAAUGGAGGAAACCCUUUCAGGUUUUUUCUCACUAAAGUCAGAGGAAUUGAACAGAGCUAUAAUUGUGGAGCCCUGCACAUAAAAGAUAUUUUGUCUCCUCUUUUUGGGACUCUUGUAUCUUCUGCCCAGUUCAACUACUGUAUAGAUGUGGGAUGGCUUGUAAGACAGUAUCCGCGGGAAUUCAGGAAGAAGCCGUUGUUGAUAGUUCAUGGUGAAAAGAGAGAAUCCAAAGCUGAACUGCUUGCACAAGCACGCCCUUAUGAGAACAUUAGUUUCUGUCAGGCUAAACUGGAUAUUGCAUUUGGAACUCAUCAUACGAAAAUGAUGCUGUUGUUAUAUGAAGAAGGUCUCCGAGUUGUAAUACAUACAUCCAAUCUUAUUGCUGAUGAUUGGCACCAGAAAACUCAGGGAAUAUGGCUAAGCCCUUUAUAUCCAAGGCUACCUAAGGGAACAACUGGUUCUGCUGGUGAAUCUGAAACUCAUUUUAAAUCUGACCUAAUAAGUUACUUAACGGCUUACAAUUCUCCCGCGCUUAAGGAAUGGACAGAUCUGAUUCAGGAACAUGAUUUAUCAGAGACAAGAGUGUAUCUGCUUGGUUCUACCCCCGGACGAUAUCAAGGUAGUGAUAAAGAAAAGUGGGGUCAUCUUAGGCUCAGAAAGCUUUUGAAAGAGCAUGCUUCGUUAAUACCAGCACAGGAAUCCUGGCCUAUUGUUGGACAGUUCUCAAGCAUUGGUUCAAUGGGAGCUGAUGAGUCCAAAUGGCUGUUCUCAGAGUUCCAGGAGAGCCUGGUGGCUGCAGGCAGCAGUGUUAGAGGUCUUCAUAAAUGUGAUGUUCCGAUUCAUUUGGUUUAUCCUACUGUGAACAAUGUGAGACAAAGUCUGGAAGGCUAUCCCGCUGGUGGCUCACUUCCAUAUAGUAUACAAACAGCACAGAAACAGCUGUGGUUGCAUUCCUAUUUUCACAAAUGGUCAGCAGAAGUCUCAGGUCGAAGUCAUGCUAUGCCUCACAUUAAGACAUACAUGAGACCUUCUCCUGACUUCAAGAAGAUUGCAUGGUUCUUAGUGACAAGUGCUAAUCUAUCUAAAGCAGCUUGGGGAGCUCUGGAGAGAAAUGGCACCCAACUGAUGAUCCGUUCUUAUGAACUUGGAGUCCUUUUCUUGCCUUCAGCAUUUGGAUUGGACAAAGGUUACUUUCACGUGAAAGGGAAACUGCUUUCAGAAAGUAAUGAUUCAGCAACAUGUUUUCCUGUACCUUAUGACCUGCCACCAGAAAAGUAUGGAAGCAAAGAUCAACCAUGGAUUUGGAAUAUUCCUUACACUAAUGCCCCUGACACACAUGGAAAUAUGUGGGUUCCAUCGUGAAUGUUUCCAGUGUUCUGUGAUACUGAGCCUGCCAUGCUACUUGCAAGACUGCUUUUUUCUGGUUAUUAAGCUAUGAUGUCUGUUCAAAUGGUUAAUUUGUAGUUGAAAAAAAACAUUGAAAUGUUGAUAAUGGGCAGAUUCUGGGAGGGAUUUGUAACUGUAUUAUUAUAAAUGGACUCUUAACACUGUUAUUUUUUUUAAUACCUUUUUAUAUACUUUUUCCUUACUGUGGUUCCUAAUACACUCUUCAAGAUCAAACACAAUUGUCGACUGUUCUCAGAGACUCUCUCUGUAUUUGUAGCUGUAAUGAGUUUAAAAUGUACCGGUCUGUGAGACUGUCAGUUUGCCCCAGUGGCUAGAAUAAAAUUU